GGCGAAACAGAGACGGGGAGGAAGUGACGAUGGAUCCGUCGAGGGGGAGGAGAGCUUGAAGCCUCGAGCUUCACAGGGCUCCGGAAGUUGUUUCAAUUGUCGCGAGAACCGAUCGCGGUGGAUCACAGGUGGAUUUCAUGGCGUCUAAGGUGGCCGUCAGAUGCUGGCGGAGCUCCAGCGCUGUUCUCCAACGCGAGGCAGGUGGAUUGAUCGGAUUUCCCGAGCGGAUUGUGCCCCAGCGCUGGGAAUGGUUGGGUUCGCAGCAGCGGCGAUGGUUUGCUGCCCCCACCGAGCAGAAGGCUGCGGCUCCCAAUGCUGCCAAGGCCUCGAAGGCGAAAUCGGCCGCGAAGACCGAUGGCAAGGAAUCGAAGAAGGAUCACCGCGAGCGAUUCAAUGACCUAAUCGACGCUUGCUUGAACGCCCCUUCCCCGGUCAGGGCGUUGAAGGAGAAGGAUAGGAUUCGCUUAGCUGAAAUGGAAAAGCUUGGUGUGAUCACCAAGGAGAGAGAACGGGAAAUUGAGCAGGAAAAGGCAAAAGGAAAGGCUGCCAAAAAUGCCGCAAAGAAGCUUGCUAAAGCAAAGCCCGUGGAGGAGACUGACCUGGGCGACGCAGAGAUCGAUACCCCCACCGCUGAGACUCCCAUGUUGCUGACUGCCGAGGAAGGUAAGAGGCUGGCGAAAGAACAGAGUCGGGUUAUGUUGAAGGAAGACAGAGAAAGAGCCAAGGGCGAAUCGAUCAGAUUGCAGCUGAAGAAGGAAGCGCUGGCUGCUCUGCCUCCGCACCUUAGAGAGGCCGCAAUGGUACCAGAUCUCACUCCUUUUCCUAAAAGUAGAAUUCCUGCUUCUCUCACCCCUCCGAUCGGGGGAUACAUUGAGGAUAGGGCAAAACAAGCAGCUCAAUCCGUCUCAGUGAAGAAGUCGAGGUAGGGGAGCUGGUUUAUCCUGAUUCAAAAUUUUUGACAGUUUCUUCUUAUUUUCUAGCUUUUUGUGCACCCGUGAGCCGUGUGGUGUCAUAUGUCCAUUGUAGUGGACAGAUACUGGAGUUGGGCACAGGAAUUCUGGAGCGUAGUAUGAAUGAGUACAUAAUCCAAGUAACUAUGAUGUAGAGAAUCAGACGAACUCGUCAGACCAUACGACUUUCUGCACAUAUUGAUUCAUUCAGAUUAUACCCAACAAUGAUUACGAGAGGGGCAGCCUAGCGUGUUUACGAGCGCUGCACCAGUUCUCACUUCGGAAGUUUUGGAAACUUCAAAACAUGUACUUUUCACGAAUUAGUACUAGAGAGGAAAGAGGACUAAUUAACUUUGAAGGGAAUUGGACUUCAAGGGCGAAAUUUGUUCUCUAGUGAUCUUUGGAACUCUUGAGUCGGUGUCGAGAGUUAUGACAUGCUGGAGACUGAGCUGAGCCACGUUUCUUGAGGAGAUUUCAGCGCAAUGUACAGCAAUUUAUACGCACGAAUUUGUUUUUUUGGAACUUUGAAGGUC